GUUACAUCCGGACAUGACGGGAAAACCUUCUUUGAUUUACAAAAAAUAAGAUAAGAUGGAACCACCUGCAAUUUUUGCUACAUGGCUAAACCAUAUGACGAUACUGUAAUGAGUGUUUCCUCGUUCAUUCCACUUAAAGAUUUGAAAUGAUGAGAGGCUAUGUGGUGCUAUUCUUAUCAAUUCAUCUGUUUGAACAGAUUCAAAUUCUGGACGCCUUUAUCCUAAGUUGUAAUGCAUCUCUACAGACUGUCAGACGUGUGACAAUGUGUCCGUCAAACAUUUCCGCUUAUGAAGAAGCUGUCCAGAAAAAGAACUGUUCAUCACUAGCUCCAGAUGCACAAACAUGUCAAUCAUUUCAAUAUCAUUGUGUCUUGAAUGAUGAUUUGAACUAUGCGAUUGAAGUUUGCGCACCAUCAAUGUAUAUUGUUGGUUAUGUCUGUACCAAAUUCAGCACAAUCCACAAGAGUAUCAUGCGAAUAGAUGGAUUUGCCUGUAAUGAUUCUUUCACGGCGUGUCCUUUUGGAUACAACUCAACAGAAUCCUUUAAAUAUUUGCCAUGUUAUGCAAACGUUAAUAAGCUGCUACCAACUGAAUUACCUCCACGGAGAGAAAUCAGUGAAACCGUGGAACCCUGGCUGAUUGUGCUUGUUAUUCCAAUUAUUCUGGGCAUUGGUUGCUUAAUUUUUUGUCGUUAUACUUUUGUGCGUAAACGGAGAACAUUCAGAAGAAGACAAGGAAUGGCUCAACCUUAUUUCCCCCCGGAAGUCUUUGAAUUUGAAAAUAGAGUUCCGACACAAAAUAGCACUGGACCAGGACAAGCAUUAUUAACAGAAAACCAGGAUGACAUAGAUGGAGUUCUGACACAAAAUAGCACUGGACCAGGACAAGUAUUAUUAGGAGAAAACCAGGAUGACAUAGAUGGAGAAGGAAGCUUACAAACUCAUGAAGUACCUCUCUCAUCAAAUUCAAUGCAAUCAGAAGCUCAUCUACCAAUAGCAACAAUUACAGAGCAUGUUACAGAAAUUAUAGAUAUGCCACCUCAAAUGCCAGAAAACAGACAGAAUCAUUUAAAUAAUGAAGGACACUUACUCCCUGAUAGAGGAGUCAUUAGCUCAUUUCCUUCUGAUCAAUCACAAAUGCAACCAAAUGAAAAUACUUCGUUGAUUUACGAGAGAACAUCAGAACAAUUACAACCAGAAGAACAAAACACCACAGAUAAUGGAAACUUACAAACUGAAGAUGAUGCUCUCUCUUCAAUGUCACCAGAUUUGCAACAAACGUCAUCAAACGAAGGCACGUGGCAUCAGGCCAGAAUGAAAACCACAAUUAGUGCUGCCUCAGAGACGGAUCAAAUAAUGUUGGAAUGUGCCGUUAAUUUUCUUUUACGGAACUUAGAAAAUCCUGAUGAAUCUUGGACAAAAGAAAAAAUCGUCUCUCACGUUGAAAAGACAAUUCAACAACUCAUAAAUUCAAAUGCAGAAGAACUUUUGAUAUCGUUUAUUAAACGAUUAGAUAGAGAUAAGAAAAUUGCAGCGACAUUAUUAAAAUGUGGAGAAGAAAUGUUUAAACUAAUAUCUUCCUUUCAGGAAAAAUAUGUCGCAAACAAACUUAAAAUCUCUUACGGAUGUGUUUGUGUGACCUUUUGUUUUGCUGAUUCUAGUGAUCUUGAGAAUUAUCUGGAAAAGGUUCGGAAUAAAGAUAAACAUCUUAUUACAGGACUUUCUAAAAUUCUAUUAAAUGAAACUUUUUUAAGGAUUUUCGAUAUUAAUCCUAGGGUUGUUACGUGGAAAGUGUCUGAACUUAAAGUAUAUAAAGGAUCUGAACUGGUCAAAACUGAGACUUUCCUAGAACCAUUAACAGGUUCACAAAAAGUUUUAACAAGGAUAAGUGAAGAAUCAAGCGAGGAAAGUGAGGAUGAAAAGAAAUGUAACAAGUUCAGAUCAAAUGAAAAAAGCAAAUACCCUGGGUACAUGAAGUACAGAACUAGAGCCAAGUCAUUUAAUGAUUGUAACGUCGAUUGGCUUAAAGACAAGAAAGAGGAAUUUGCUAGAUAUGGUUUUCUUUAUCAGGGAGUGGAUCUUAAAACAACCUGCUUUCAUUGUGGAUUCUCUAAGGACAACUGGACAGAAAAGGACGACAUUUUUGCAACCCACUUUUUCUCAGAGAAAUCGUGUGCAUAUGUCCAGUAUCUAAACACGUCAAUUGAAAAAUAUGUGUUUCAUUAAGAGCAUCAGAGUUGAAUGAAAAUUGAUAAAUUGUAUAAUGUAUAAAUUCAAAGCACAUGGAGAAUAUAUGCUUUUGUGAAGAAAAAUGACUGAUGGACGACGCCUCUUUAUCAAAGCAAGGAAUAAUUAAAGGAAACAGAAAAACACAUUUAAAAGGAUCAUCAGGAUACCAGAAAUUAUGGAAAUUGACCUCAAUGCUAUAUUUUGUGCCACAAGUAUAGAUAUCGAAGUGUCAGGUAUUUCAGAGUAUUAAAUGAAAAGCCUUUUGAUAAUUUUACGAUUUGUGAUUUCUGUAAGUCAGAUUCUACAAACUGAAAAUACAUUUAUGCUAGAUGAGGAUCACUGAUAUAUAUAUAAUAUAAUUGUUCUAUAAUGUCCGACGAAGAUUCAUUAUACAUUUGUAUCAAUGAGGGGUUUUUUUCCGUGAGGGUGGUUUACCGUGACCUGACCACGGCAUCGUUACCCACUGGAUGGAGUGGUGAGGAGACGUUCCCAGGGUGGCCCAGUGAAAUGUAGUCACUGGCUGGUGAUGUAUAAUGUUCCUACAGAAAUAUAAGAUUUUACCAUUAUCAACAUUUAAAAAGAAUCUUUAUUGCAGUAAAUGUAAUGCAAAGUUGGUCUCAUCAACUCUUGUUACAACGUUUGAAGGUCAACAGGAGCUAAUGUCUUUUUAUUAUACUUUCAUGUAUAAUAAUGUAUGUAUAAAUCUGAUUGGUUAAAACGUAGUUGAUAAUCUGUUCUAUUACCCUCAGCGUUACCAACACCCUUGGCAACGGGUAACACAACGAAUUGUUACAUGCGUGUACGGUUCGCCAUAAAAUUCACGUCAUUUUUAUUUAAAAACAGUAAAGUUUUCUUUGAAUUUAAGACAUUCGGUAUAAUAAAAUAAAUAGUGCCUGUUUGGGAGGGUAAGAGUUGAAAUUGACACCCCGAGAAAACCAUUGUAAACCGACGCGAAGUUACCCUCCCAAACAGGCACUAUUUAUAUAAUGGUGAUUGAAACAACUAUAAUAUGUCAUUUUAUUUAUUAGUUGAAACAAAUACAAGUACCUGCUUAUUUUCAAAAGUCAUCUUUGUUAGUUUUGUACAAAUCUUCCCAGAUAGCAUGACUUUGUUGGGCCAACGUUGAUCCAAAGCAAGCAAUUACAUUGGCCCAAUGCUUUCAAAAUAAUGUUGACCCAAUGUAGUUUUGCUAAUCGGCCCAGUGUUGGCACCAGGUGUUGUGCCUACAUCGGCACAAUAUCACAUUUGUCGCCCUCCGAUAUUGGUCCCGCGGUGGGCCAAGGUAGAAACAUAUGACCAACACUGGCCCAAUUUUAUGUCAGUAAUGGUCUAUUGUAGGUGCAACAAUACAACUGAGUAAUAUAGACGAAUUCAAAUGAUGGAUUUUUUUUAAUCCCGAAUGCUAACGCCAUGAUUAAAAAUCCUUGUAGUUAAAUAACGGCCGUUCGUUUUUAGCUAGCAUAUGUUCACAGGGUAAAUGUAUAUCCAUACUUUUUAAACUUAGUUCCUCCAAGCUAGAAUAAAGUGAUAAUUCACUCUCUUCUGUUUGUUUUGCUUCAUUUCUAUCUUCAAUUGUUCACAGUCGUCCAAAUAAAAACUGGUUUCCACAAACAUCAAAUUCAAAGUCAGUGGAAAGUUAACCAAACUGGGAGGGGGCAGAUUGAACGUUCUUAAAAAUAAACAAAAAAGUCAAUGUAUAAGAUAGAUUAAUACUUAGACGUUUAUAAAUGGGCUUUAUAUCGGCCGUUAUUUGGGAUAAAUAAUAUUUACAUUUUUUUUUAUUCGCUAGACUGUGGUUGUACAUUUAUUAGACUGUUUGACUCUAGAUCUGUCCUACAAAAUGCGAAAUGGGAGCAGAUUUCGCCAUCUCAACAGAUCAGAUAUUACAAUAACCAUGGAAACUGGCCAGUCUCACGCUGUGAUUACUCUUGCCUUAAUUGCUUGGUCAGUGAAUGUUCUAUCUUUUAUCUCAGGAUCGGCAACUUAAAUUCUACAUUUUAGAACUAUUAUGCUGCAGAAUAAAUCUUGAAAAAUAUCUUCAUUAUAAUUUUGGGCCUUUGCAAACUUCUUUAAAGGAAUAGAAUAAAAAUUAAACUUGCAUAUUU